CCGAGCGAGGGGUGUGUCGGGCCGCCCUCGGGCUGCCUCACAGGCAGUCGGAGCUCCGGCCAGGCGCCCGCGCCUCCGCGUCGCCACUCGCCGCUGUCGCGCAGCCCCAGCCGGCGGGAGCCCGGGGCUCACCAUGUCGGUCGCGCUCAGCAACAGGUUUCAAGGAGGGAAGGCGUUCGGUUUGCUCAAAGCCCGGCAGGAGAGGAGACUGGCUGAGAUUAAUCGGGAGUUCCUCUGUGAUCAGAAGUUCAGCGAUGAGGAGAAUCUGCCAGAAAAGCUUGCAGCCUUCAAAGAGAAGUACAUGGAGUUCGACCUGAACAAUGAAGGCGAGAUUGACCUGAUGUCUUUGAAGAGGAUGAUGGAGAAGCUGGGGGUCCCCAAGACCCACCUGGAGAUGAAGAAGAUGAUCUCGGAGGUGACUGGCGGGGUCAGCGACACCAUCUCCUACCGAGACUUCGUGAACAUGAUGCUGGGGAAACGCUCGGCUGUCCUCAAGCUAGUCAUGCUGUUUGAAGGAAAAGCCAACGACAGCAGCCCCAGGCCAACAGGGCCCCCCCCAGAGAGAGACAUUGCCAGCCUGCCCUGAAGAGUCCCUGGACCCAACUCUGUCCCUGCUCCUCCUGCCUGGUCUUGCUUGUCGGGUCCUUGUGGGUUUGUCAUCCAUCUCUCUGCUUUCCAAGGGUUCUGGGUUUGGGAACGCUCCCGUUCUUCCUCCCUCCUGCCCCACUCCCUGUGCACAAGGGCUGCCCUGCAUCCAAACCCCAGGGGCAGGACACGGAAGCUGGGCACCAGCACUCCCCACCUUGCAACCCAUUCUUUCAGAAGGGCCCUGAGUCCCAGCUUGCUGGUCCUGACUGGCACUAACCUCAGCCUGCUCUGCAAAGACCCCGGAAGUAAGAGCAAGACCACAGAGCUUUGCUCAAGUUUCCUUGAGCAGCUCCCUGCUCCCAGCACACCUGGGUCCUCCGCGACACUGCUGCUCCAAGCCUCACUGCCUUAAAUGACAUUUCCCUCGCUUCCCGCCAGGCCCUUGGUCCACACCUCUUGUUCUCAGCAAUGGGACAGUGGUAGCUUUGAAGGAAAGCAGGGGCCAGAAGGCACCCACUGGCCUUGCUCCAGGCCACGCCUUUACAUGUAGCCUCCAGGGAGGAUACUGCCCCAUUAUCCCUCACUGGGCAGCAAAGUGCUUUGCAGGUCAAGGUGCGGCCAGUGACCUUGGGGCAGAGGUCAGCUCCAGGCAGUUUCACUUCGU